CACAACAAAUAUUUUCAUUUCUUGUUGUUUUGGGUAUUAUGGUUUUAGCUUUGCCCAUUCUUUACAUCUUUUAUUAAGACCUACUAGUGAAUAUUCUUAUGAUCAGCCAAGUAAUACUGACGAUGCUAAUAAUCCUUGGAAUCUUGCUCAAAAAUAUAAGUUUAUUUCAUCUAAUGGCACUAUUGAAGAAUCAACACUUAUUGAAGCACCUGAUGAAAAUACAAAUUUAUUUACGAUGUUUAGUACUUCUAUUUUAGCAGUAUAUUUUAUGCUAACAGGCGAUACAAGUGCAGUUACUUCAUGGGGUUUAGUCAAGAAUUGGACUUUAACAUUUUUAUUAGUUAUAUUUUCAUUUUUUACAACAAUCUAUUUAUUGAAUCUGUUUACUUCAUUACUUGGAAAUGCUAUUAAUGAAACAUUUAAUGAAGAAUCUUUCUUGCAAUUAAGAGGAGAGAAGAAAGGAAAAUUGGUUUCCAGAAAUUUUGUAAUUAAAUAUUAUGAUGCUUCAAUUCAUGAACUUAGAAAAUAUGUAAAAAAUCUUAAAGAUGAACAAAAUGAAGAAAUUUUACAAGAUUUACUUCCUGAAAUCCAAAAAAUC